AUGUCUUUAGGUAGGCCCAAGAAACCGAAUGUGAAUUUCUUGUUCAACAGUGUUCAAAGCCAACAGAGCUCCCAGACGAAAAUGGCUAACAACACUAUAGAUUUCUACUGCCACCACCUCUCACAGAGAACUAUUAAGGAGAAUGAGGAGGUUAGAGAGAAAAUAAGGUCGCUUAGCCAAGCAAAUAGGAACAAUAGGACUAAGAAAUAAGCACAUUCAUAAUCUGGAUAAGUACAAUACUAGACAGAUGUUACAUCGGACAAAGAAUAAUCUAAUAAAAUCAAAGUUUAUCCUCCAGAAUAUCCUUGACGAUGGUAAGACAACUACUCUGAUGAAGGCAUUUAAGGAAUAUGAGAUCUAUCUGAUCCCUAAUUCAGGUGUUUAUUAUCAUCUCGAUAGAAAUCAUUUUAAAGACAAAGCCUUUUUGCUGGUAAAUUAUGAGUCUCAUGCUAAUGUCAAAGUGUUUAUUGAUAAAUAACUCCCCGAGGCCUUCCAAUAACCGAUGUGAUCUGGCCUUAAAAAAUCCUAAAAUUAUCCAAAUCAAUAACCUUCUGUUUGAAUUUUCAUAUGUUUUCAUAUGAUUUAAAAGUGAUGAAAGUUGUCACAUAUCAGUGACGCCUUAUCCGAACAAAGAAUCCCUCCCUGUGUCUAAUAAAGGCAAAGAAAAGGCCAAGAAACUGCUAACCUUGAGAGAGCGACAAGCAUUGCUUCUUAAGAAUGGACCUAAAAUAUAGCUGAUAUUUCUAAAACAAGAAAACAGAUCAAACUUCGGAUGGAUCAUUUAGUAGACUAUCCGACUCAAAUGGAUAAGUUCCAGCAGCAAUUAGCGAUGAUUAAAUCCUCUAAGGCUAAGAAUCAUUCAUCAAUCAACACGAAUAUCCAGAUUGCUCAGCACUGGGGUUCCUUCAGGAAGAUGAAACUUGAGAGACUCUCUUCAGCGACCAGAGUUAAUAAGAGCCUUGUAAUAAAAUAAAAGAAAACAGAUAGAGAAAAUAAAACGGAGCCGAGAGACAAGCAUAAGCUACUGGGAGCGUAAGAGGAAAGAGGAACAAGAGAAACAGAAGAGGAUCAGAAUCGAGAUUAUCAAACAACAAUGCAUCAUCGUUUGGAACUCACAGAUCCUUACCAGAAAAUACUUCGCUGAUAUAGCAAGGAAGUAUGAAUACAGGAGAAGAGAAAUUCUGCAUAAAAGAAGCUUAACACUUGCUGUAAUCAAAAUCGCUGGGAAAUUAAGGUAUAAAUUAAAAUAAGCAAGGGCAGAACUAUGAAGAGAGGACUAUAGGAUUAAUCAGAAGUGGAUUAAACUACACUGCUCAGAAUAUGAGAGAGCUUUGAGAGGACAGAUCCAGAUUAGUACUGAAGAAAUUUCUAGAGAAUAAUUGAAAAAGACUUGAGCUCCAUUCUCACUUUUACGAAUUUCAUUCUAGAAUGUGUUUGACAAAGGAUAGACUGAUGGCUAAAAUGGUUAUCAAGAAAACCAGAAUCAAGAUGAUAUCACAAUAUUGGAAUAAUAAGCUUUUUGAAAUGAUGGACAAAUAUAAAGAUAGCUCCAAGAAGACAGACAAGGCAAGGAUAAAACUGAAUAAACUAAAAGGAAUCUCUACUCUUGUAAAAGAGAUCAUGAUCCAGCGGUACUACGACCAGUGCAAGCUAGAGUACUGCGUAAAGUUCUUCAAAUGGAGAAAGAAGUACAAAGAAUUCAUCCUGAAAAUAGCAGAUGGAGAGGAUCUUUACCAAUCCUUAUCAAUUGCUAAGAGAAAAUAAGCAAAUAAGAGCAGCUAUGAAGUUGACAGAUGAUAUUUAUCUGUCAGAUGAAGAUGAUAAUAGCCCAUCUCGAUCCCCUGGAGGCUCAAGAUCUAGCCCUAAAAGUGGUAGUAAGAAGAGAAGAAGCUCUAUUAAGAAGUAUAAACGCCAAAAAGAGACUAAACGUGUUCCUAUCCUUGCUGAUAGUUUUAAAAUGCAUUUAUGGAAUGCAAGCAUGCUUGAAAAUGUUAAGAAUAUUGAUGCUAAUUUGUCUCAAUCGGAAAUGGAGAAGACAAUAAGUAAAGCAAAGGUGGCCAUUGCUCAUGCUUACCUGUCUCACCCACCUCAGAUGAACUUCGUGCCUGAUGAAGAAAUAUUAGAGAAACUAAUCUGGGCAGCUACUAAAUACAGAUAUGCAAAGGAUAUACCCAGAGUGCUUUAAAGCAGGAAAGCACUAUUAAAAUUCAAUCUCGAUUUG